AUGGCGGAGCGAGCAGAGCAGCCGCAGGACGAGGGUGGCGGCGAGGAGGAGGCUGCUCCCCCGAGGGACCGAGAAGAGAUGUUGCUGCGGGCUGAAGGAGCCGCCUCGGGGGCUGCGGAGCUGUCCGUGGGUUCUGCAGAAGACAAUUCUGCUGCGGCCUUCUUGGGGGAAGACGAAGUGGAGAGCUGUCCUCCCGAUCUUGAUGCCAUGGAGCAGCCCGUGCCCGUCACGGGCAGCGGAGGCCCUUCCCUCGCGCCCUCAGCCCUCACGCAGGCAUCGGCCCUGUCGGUGCAGGAGGAGAGUCCUGAAGAGUCAGGUGACCCCACAGAACCCAUUUCUCUGUAUUCGGAGGCUGCCUUUGAGGAAUUCAGUCAGUAUGCAAGGGAGCGUGGUAGCCAACGGUGGCAACAGGAACAGCAACAGCACGGACCUGAGGAAAUUGAGAUAGGUGGAAGAAGAGAGGAACCAGCAGAAGAAACACAGCUGAUUGUCUUGGAUCCGGAACAUCCUCUAAUGAGAAGAUUCCAGGCUGCCCUGAAGAAUUACCUUACCAAGCAGAUGGAAAAAGUGAAUCUGGAUCUUCAGGAGCUGAGGACAGCCACAAAGAAAGGCAAGGUGCAGAGAGAAGAGCUCGGGGUGGUUCUUUACGGAGUGCAGCAGCAGCUGGCCCAGCUGCAGAUGGAGCUGGAGAGGAGCCGGGAGCGCCAUUCCCAAAUAGCUGCCGUGCGGCAGCAGCUGGACGGGGACGUGGAGGCACUCAGGCUCGCUCACAACAAAGCACGUCAGCACGCAGAGGACGAACGCAAGAAAGUUUCUGCAAUGCAGACCCAGGUGGAAAACCUGGCGAUGCGUCUCUUCCACAUGCAGAACAUGGACGAGGAUAUGCACCAUAAUAUUUUACUGAUGAAGCAGUCAACAAAGAAGGCUGAAGCAGAGAAGGUCCAAGCUGAGGUGGAAAAGAAAAAACAGGACCUUCUAGUGGAGCGCUUGACAAGAAAAGCCUAUGAGCUACAGGAACAGGUAGCUCUGUUUGAAGCCCAGAUUGCGGCCCAAGCAGAAGACACCAAAAUAACUCGACAAGCAGUAAACGAGGCGAACACGGAGGUACAGGCCAUUAACAUGGAGAAGAGGCGGUUGAUAAACCACUGGAAUGUUAGUUUGGCUGGAAUGAGACAAAGAGAUGAAGCCUACGCUGCCAUGCAGGAGCUGCUGAGCAAGUACAGACAUGAGCUCAAGUCCCUAGAAAUAGAUAUCCAUGGCUGCAGAAAGUCCAUCAGGAAGGAAGAGGAGAAGAACGAGAUGCUCGCCACCAUCCUGAGCCGUUCUCAGAAUGACGCCAAUAUGAUGAAGAAAAUGAUUGCCCAGUGCCUUUCGAAGCAGGAGGCCUUGCAGGUUGAAGCUGACACCUAUUCCCGCAUCCUCCAUGAGACAGAGCAGGCCUUGAGUAGAGCAAACAUGGAUCAAGCUGCCCGUGUGAGUGAGUUGCUGUCCAUCAGUAAGGAUAUAGAGAAAGGAACUGAAAUGAAGGAGCAAAUAGAGAAUGAGAUCAUGGCAAAGCUUCAGGAGCAGAUGAGGUCCAGCAAAGCAGCAAAGUACUUCUCCCAGCUGGCUGAAAAGCUUCGAAAGAGAAAAAUGGAUCUGGAUCUGCAUUUUUCCAAAGUUGAGAAUGAUACAGCACAGAUAAUUCUGAAUGCCACUCAUACUAACUGCCAGCUGGAAGCUCUCCAGAAAACACUUUCUGAUCUGGACAAGGAAAUUAGAAAUAUCCACGACCUGAUCAACCGUAGUGAAAGCGAGAUUGCAAAGCGCAGUCUCCUGAUCGAGAACAAGCAAGGGGUCAUCAACCUGAACAACAAGAGGUUGGACAUGCUUCUUUCCCAGCUUGGGGGGCAAGAGUUGGGACCACUGGAAAUUGAGAUUAAUGGACUGACCAAGCAGAUAGAAGAAUGUAAUUCAGAGGUGCUGACACUACAGAAGUACUGGCUUAAGCUGCAGAACGAGUUGGUCAGAUUAACCCAUGGACGGGAGGAACAGCUGGCAUCCUUGGAUCUGUUAAAGAAGCAGAUCACAGUCAUGCAGCAAAAGAAAGUGCGCACGGAAAAUGAAAUUCAGCAGGAAACAAAAGAACAGAAAGACAUUGAACGUCACAUGAGGAACAUGUCAAACGAUUUGAUCAAGUUAAAUAUGUUGAUCAACAAGAACAGCAACAGCUUUGAGGAGUUGCAUUAUGGCAACAUUAUCACAGAGAAUGAGUUUGUACGGUCUCUCAAGGUAGCAGAGAAAGAAUCAAUUGAGAUGCAGGAAAAACACAGUCAAUUGGCUGAGGAGAAGGAAAGACUCCUGAACAGCUUGGUGGAAGCAGAGCACCAGAUCAUGCUGUGGGAGAAAAAGAUCCAGCUGGCCAAGGAGAUGCGGUCAGCAGUGGAUUCCGAGACAGGACAAGGCGAAAUCCGAGCCAUGAAAAUGGAGAUUCAUAGGAUGCAAGUCCGUUAUGGCCAGCUGAUGAAGCAGCAGGAGAAAAUGAUUCGUGAUAUGGAGGCAUCUGUCUCUCGUAGAGAGACUAUAGCAAUCCGUGGAGAAGGUCAAAACAAGAUGGAUAAGAAGCAUAUCACCAGGAGCGACUUCCACCGCAAGAAACAGGAGCUGCGAAAGCAGAUCAGUGAAACCCAGAAGAACGCUCAAGACUGCAGUAAAACGGUGCUGGAGCUGGAGAGUGCCGAGGCAUCCCUUAAUGCCACAUGCAUGAAAAAGCAGCAGGAAGUUUGCACGCUGCAGGCCGAGUCUGAUGGCCUCGACUUAGACAUAGAAUGUCUUCAGGAGAGGAAACGAUGGAAUCUUUUGGAGAUUGUGGCCUAUCAAACACGCCAGAAGCACCUGCAGGCCCUAAAGGACGGGAAAUACACUCUCCUGUGCCGCACUGAAGAAGCCUGGAGAAAUGAGCAGCAGAAAUGGCAGGACCGGCUUCUCACCGUUAAUGUCAUAGUGCAGCAGAUCCAGAAAGAGCAUCCUCAGCACCAGAGGACUCUGCAGUGGCUCAGUCAGCGCUUGGAGUCCAGGCUGGGGCCACAGGAAGCCUAGCAGACAGUAGGAGGCAGAUUGGAAUAAAAUAUCUGUUAAAAUUCUUCAAUUCAGUGUAACUCAGCCUCUCUUGCUCUCCCAGCUGUUGCAGGAUUUGUAAGUAAUAUAUGUAUUUAAAUGAACAGCGCGCACAUCUUCCCUAAAGACGUCCAAGGGGAGGGAUUUCUUC